AUGUCCAUCGGUCGACACGCCGCGCGACGCACCGCCACCGUCGCGGGGUCCCGCACCGCGACGUCGCGCUCGAGAUGCCGGCACGACGUCGACGAGGGCGUCGCGCACGCGACGAAGAGAUGGACGCGGACGAGGACGCAGAUGUCAGUCCGCGCGCGCGCGUCUUCCUCGAACGCGAGCGCCGCGUCCGAGGUCGCGCGAGCGCUCGGUUUGCGCCGGGAUGAUCUUCUUCUCGACGUCGUGCGCGAGCGCGAGGCGUCGACGAGCGGGACGAUGUCGGUGGAGGUGACGAACCCGGCGACGGGGACGACGCUCGCGCGGUGUCGAGCGACGAGCGCGAACGAUGUAGAACACAUCCUGAGGCGAUCGAAAGAGAGUCAAGAGCGGUGGGCGAAUGAGUACACCGCGCACGCGCGAGCGAAGAUUGUGCGGAGGUGGUUCGAGCUCGUGGAGGCGAACGCGGAGGACUUGGCGCGCGUGUGCACGGCGGAGUCGGGAAAACCUCUGGCGGAGUCGCGAGCGGAGGUUGCGUACGCGGCGUCGUUUUUGGAGUGGUUCGCGGAUGAGGGACGAAGGGUGUACGGCGAUGUCGUGCCGUCAUCCUCCACGGGGUCGAGAAUCAUGGCGAUCAAGCAACCGGUUGGGGUGACGGCGGCCAUCACGCCGUGGAAUUUUCCGCUGGCGAUGAUCACGAGGAAAGCUGGCGCCGCGCUCGCCGCGGGGUGUUCCAUGGUGGUGAAACCGAGUGAAGAGACUCCUCUGAGCGCGUUCGCCCUUGGAGCGCUCGCCAAGGAGGCUGGUUGCCCGGAUGGAGUUUUACAGUUUGUCGUCGGCGAUCCGGUGGUCAUCGGCGAGCUCCUGUGCGCGUCUCCAAUCGUGCGUAAGAUCACGUUCACGGGCAGCACGCGCGUUGGAAAACUCUUAAUGAAGCAAAGUUCAGAUACGGUGAAGCGUGUGAGCAUGGAACUCGGCGGAAACGCUCCGUUCAUCGUGUGCGCCGACGCGGACGUUGACGCCGCUGUCCGAGGCGCCAUGGCGAGCAAGUUUAGAAAUUCGGGACAGACGUGCGUGUGCGCGCAGCGCUUCAUAGUGCACGAAUCGGUCGAAGAUGAUUUCGUUCGAAAGCUCACCGCGGCGGCGAACGCGCUGAAAUUAGGUAACGGUCUGGAAGACGAAAGCGUCACGCAGGGUCCGCUCAUCAACGCCGCGCAAGUCGAGCGCGUGGACGCGCACGUGCGCGACGCCCUGAGUAAGGGUGCGGUGUGUCACUCGGGUGGCAAGCGCGCCGAUGGAACAUUUUACGAGCCCACCGUGCUGUCCAAGUGCACGGAUGACAUGCUCGUGAUGCAGGAAGAGACGUUCGGCCCCGUCGCGGCGAUUACGACAUUCGUCUCCGACGACGACGCGCUUCGCAUGGCCAACUCCACCAACGCCGGGUUGGCGUCGUACGUCUUCACGUCCGACUUGAAACGGUCGUACACGUUCAGCGAAAAGCUCGAAUUCGGCAUCGUCGGCGUGAACACCGGGGUCAUCUCCACCGCGCAAGCGCCUUUCGGCGGCGUGAAGGAGUCGGGCGUCGGCCGCGAGGGCGGUAAAUACGGGAUGGAAGAAUACGUCGAGACCAAGUACGUGUGCGUCGGGGGAUUAGACUAG